AGGCUUAUGUCCACAUUAUGAAUGACUCUCAGAAUUCGACGUGCGAAGUUUUAAUGCAUCAUUACGCCGUCACUACUAAAGUUGACCAUCUCCGUUAUACAUACAUCUCAAACUGUAUUUUAAACAGUUUAUUGUCGCAUCCCGCGAUCAUGCUCAACAUUGUAACUAUCCACGCGAUUCGAAAAACGUCUUCGUUGCCAAAGACUCUGAAAACAUUGCUUUUAAGUCUAGCUGUUUCCGACAUUGGAGUUGGUUGUAUUGUUCAGCCGUUUUACAUUUCACUCUUGAUCAAGAACCUGCUGGACAAGAUCCCUAGCUGCAACACGUACAACAUGUUUGGGAUCACGUUGGGUUUGUUUUCUAUUGCUUCGUUCCUGGGUGUUGUGGCUGUAAGUGUAGACAGGUUCUUAGCUGUUCAUCUUCAUCUCAGAUACCAGGAACUUGUGACUCACAAGCGUGUUAUUGCUGUGGUGAUCUUAAUCUGGCUGCUAAGUGUAUUUCUUACAUCAUUGAUCCUCUGGGUUCCGUUUCUAGUACACUCGAUAUUUUUAAUCAUUUUUGGAUUGUCGUUUUUCCUUGUCACAACAACAGUCUACGUUAAAAUUUAUCAGACUGUUAGACACCACAAGAAACAGAUCCAGUCCUUGCAACGUGUACAACAGGUGGAACACAUUGGUGAGAUGUCAAAUAUGGUCAGCGUCCUAAAGUCUGCAGUCGGCAUAUUCUACAUGUAUCUCGUAUUUGUGGCUUGUUAUUUACCUUACUUGGUGUGUUUGGUGGUAGCUGACACAACUGUGACAAGUAACUCUAUCAAGAGCCUCUACCUUUUCUCGUAUACCAUUUUAUUUCUGAAUUCAUCUCUGAACCCCGUAAUUUACUGCUGGAAGCUGAGACACAUUCGACAUACUAUCAUGGACAUUAUGCGGAACAUGCCCUGGAACAGAAAGCACGUAUACUCAACUUGGCAUCGAUCGGUCACCACGGAGAGUGUUCAGGAUGAGGUUCAAUAUGUAGUAUGUUCGAGGAUUGCUUGAAUGAAGUAAAGAAAAUGACAGACACUAAGGGAUGCGAGAUUUCUCAAUGCGACAAUGCAAAGAGUUUCGAACCUACUUUUCGUAGCGAGACUUACAUUUCAACUUUUUCUAGAUUUCAUUAGGUAAAAAUCUUAAGAUGCCUCGACGAAACCUGUCUAAUUUAAAUUAGCUAUUAAGAAGAGUAACUUGGUAAGAAACAUGUCGGAAUUAUGGUGAUCUUCCGUGCUUUUUGUUUGUAAAGCCGUUUACGGACGAUUAGUUUUAAGAAGCUGGGAAAGUGAUGGGAAGUUGAAAAAAGAAGACGCUCUAAGUUUCGAACGGAGAAUAAUGGUCUUGGCUGAGUGAUUUGCCCUCAAUACUUCGCUUUCAUUGCCAAUUGUUCAUUUAUUAGAAAAUCGUUCAAUUUCGAGUGUAAUCGUCGGAUUAAUCCGCUGCCUCAAGGGCUUGUUUACAAAUUACUGUAGACGUUUUCAAGGUGAAAUAACAAAGAGGUCGAAGUGAGCCACACGAGCCUGUAAAAUACUAAGGAGGUCUGUUGAACAGUGUCGUCAAUCAACUCGAAUUGAAAAUUUGUUUUUGGCAAAUAUUUAGGACGACAGGCAAAUAUUUUGACUGAUAUUGUGGGUAAAACUUCAAGGUUUUCCUGCUGUU